UUCCCUACACACCUUUGGAAGGAGCUCACUAUGACAGGCCAGAGUCUGAAGGCUUUAUCUGAAGUGAAUUUUGAAGACAAUGAGAUCAGCAUCAACGUUGGAGGUUUUAAGAAAAAGAUGAGAUCCAACACGUUGUUAAGGUUCCCUGAGACCAGGCUGGGCAAACUGCUGAGCUGCCACUCGAAGGAGUCAAUACUGGAGCUCUGUGAUGACUAUGAUGACACCAAGAAUGAAUUUUAUUUUGACAGAAAUCCCGAGCUCUUCCCCUACGUGCUACAUUUCUAUAACACCGGCAAGCUCCAUGUGAUGGGCGAACUCUGCGUGUUCUCUUUCAGCCAGGAGAUUGAAUACUGGGGAAUCAAUGAAUUCUUCAUAGACUCCUGCUGCAGUUACAGCUACCAUGGGAGAAAAAUGGAGCCGGACCAAGAGAAAUGGGAGGAACAAAGUGACCAGGAAAGUACCACAUCUUCUUUUGAUGAGAUUUUGGCAUUCUACAACGAUGCCUCUAAAUUUGACAAACAGCCCUUUGGAAACAUCAGGAGGCAGCUCUGGCUUGCUUUGGAUAAUCCUGGGUACUCAGUCUUAAGCCGAAUCUUCAGUGUCCUUUCAAUAGUGGUGGUGCUGGGCUCCAUUGUGACCAUGUGCCUGAACAGCCUCCCAGACUUUCAGAUCCUUGAUAGUGAUGGGAACCCUGAGGAAGACCCUCGCUUUGAAAUUGUGGAACACUUUGGUAUUGCAUGGUUCACCUUUGAACUGGUGGCGAGAUUUGCUGUGGCUCCUGACUUUUUAAAAUUUUUCAAGCAUGCCCUGAAUUUGAUUGACCUGAUGUCUAUCCUUCCAUUUUAUAUUACCUUAGUUGUCAACCUGGUGGUGGAAAGUAGCCCGACUUUAGCAAAUUUAGGCAGGGUUGCACAAGUCCUGAGACUCAUGAGGAUCUUUCGCAUCUUAAAGCUUGCCAGGCACUCCACGGGUCUCAGGUCUCUUGGGGCCACCCUGAAGUACAGCUACAGAGAGGUGGGGCUUCUCUUACUUUACCUCUCUGUUGGCAUCUCCAUCUUCUCAGUAGUGGCUUACACCAUUGAGAAAGAAGAGAAUGAGGGGUUAGCUACCAUCCCUGCUUGCUGGUGGUGGGCCACAGUUAGCAUGACCACAGUUGGCUAUGGUGAUGUUGUGCCAGGGAGCACUGCUGGGAAGUUGACAGCAUCUGCAUGCAUCCUAGCUGGUAUCCUAGUGGUAGUGCUUCCCAUUACACUGAUCUUCAAUAAAUUCUCCCACUUUUAUAGGCGUCAGAAGCAGCUAGAGAGUGCCAUGAGAAGCUGUGAUUUUGGUGAUGGCAUGAAAGAAGUUCCAUCAGUCAAUUUAAGGGACUACUAUGCUUAUAAAGUCAAAUCCCUUAUGGCCAGUCUUACCAAUAUGAGCAGGAGUACCCCCAGUGAGCUGAGCCUGAAUGAUUCACUGCAUUAA